GAGGGAAGAGGGGCAUUAAAACCUCCUGUGCCCGGAGAGAGAGAGAGAGAUUAUAUGCCCAUUGCUGGAGUUGAAGGGAGAGAGAUCCCUGCGCACCGAGAAGAGAGACAUUAGUCUAGAGAGAGAAUGGGAAGUCGAGAUCAGGGGCAAGGAAACUUGAGCAGCAUGGUGGUCCGACCUGCUGAAAGUGGCGGAAGCGAUUACGAACCAGGAGAGGUUCGCCCCCGUGACAGAGACCCCUUUUAUUCAUCAUCAGGAUAUGGGAAUUCGGACCGUGCAGGUUCAGCAUCUCCAUUGCGCCAUAGAAAGGUAGACCAUCACUAUGGUUCAGACUUUGAUCAUUUUGGGGGCUCUCGACGUGGCCGUGGAUUUAGGGGUGGAAGAGGCCGAGGCAGGUUUCGAGAUUUCUCACCUCCCCCUUUUGGUCGAGGAAGGGGUGGGAGGUCAUAUGGGAGGGGUUUCGAAGGACCUGAUUAUGGAUCACCCCCAUCAUUUAGAGGCGAAACGAUGAGUAGAAAUAACCCAAAUGUGCCCCCAAGGGAAGGUGACUGGAUAUGCUCUGAGCCAUCGUGUGGAAACCUCAACUUUGCUCGUCGGGCAUACUGCAACAAUUGCAACAAGUUGCGAAGAGACAUGGCCCCUUUCAGACCGCCUGGGCCCCACAGCCCACGUGGGCCCUACCCAGGCCCACCACCCCCACACGGCCCACCACGCAUGGGCGGUCCACCACUGGAUCGUGGACUCCCCCCAAGGAGCAUGAAUGGCUAUGAAUCACCUCCUCGUGGGGGCUACGGGCCCAGGGGAUAUGGGUCGGGCCCACCGCCUCCUAGGCAUGGGGGUAGGUUCUCGGACCCACGAAUGGGGAGAGAAGCUAGAGAGAGGGAGAGGCCAGGCUUUCAUCAAGAAGAAAUUGAGUUUAGAGAGAGAGAGAAGUUUGGCAGGCCACUGCCUCAUCAGGAGUGGGGUAAUGGGCCUAGGGAGAGAGAGAGGGAUGAUUUCUUUGCUGAAAGGAGGGGACCUUACAACGAUGCAAGGAGAGACAGGGGCCCACCUUCACCACAUCAGCCGCCACGUGAGAGAUGGGCCCGAAACCCUAGAGAGAGAAGCAGAUCGCCUUUGAGGGGUACAGGGUUUAAGGAUUAUCAUAGAGACUCUUACAUGGAUAGAGGGAGAGAAGACCGGAGGGGUGGAACCCGCGAAAGAAUGGAUGAUGCCUACUAAAGAUGGAGAGAGAGAGAGAGAGAGAGAUUAGUUUUUUGAGGCUUGUGAACAUUGAAUUUCACCAUCUACUCUGUGGUUCAGGCUGAUUGAGCUUUAUUGCUUAACUUUCUUGGUUCAGCAGUCUGGUUUUUGGUUCUUGGGAUCCUUGUAAGGGCAAUGUACUAUUUGGCAGGUCCCCAAGGAAUGAGGUCAUAGGUGUUCCUUUCUUGAUUGAUAUGGUAUGACUCAGUUUUGAUACUCCUUUGUGGGAUGAACUUUCAUUGUUACUGGAUGAAAUAUUGCAUUUGUGAAACGUGUGCUUGUUUAUAUUA